AUGUCUCGCGCUUCUAAGCUGACUUUGGGCGCUACCAUGCUCUUCGCCAUAUCCACUGUCGGGUUUGUUCACUUCCAACAGAAGUAUGAGCAGAUGGCAAUGCACGAGGGUGUCGUACGAGACAUGGAGCAACAGCGGAUCAAGCGCGAGCGACAGCUAGACUUCGACAUGCAACGGAUCCUCGAAGAAGAAUAUAAGCGUGAUCAGAAUGUGCACAGUUCACUCGAUCAACAAAACGACAAACAUUCUUUAGAGCCACCGAAGUAG